UUCACUGCGAUCCUGCACUUCCUCUCCGCAUCUUUAAAUUUGUUCUUUCCUUGCAUUUACUUCGCUACAAUUCACACCUUUCAUGUUUAACCUUCCUAAGAAUACAAAAUAGCGCUGGCAUUAAAGAAUUCUAUUUGCAUUGGAUACAUAAUAUUUGGAAGAUUUUACCCAAGACGUUGUUCUGUUCACAUGAAUCUAUCUAGAGAAUUACAGUAAAACAUUUUCUCUGAAUAAUACAUUUCUUUACAUUACCAAGUGGAGAGUGUGGAAGAUCAUUUUGUAUUUUAAUUCAGUUGAGGUUGCACAGGACUUUACAAUGUCUUCAUGUACUAUUUGAGAUCACAUUUGAUGAAAAUAUAGCAGAAUAAGUAUUUGUUAGGAAUAUUUGAAAAGAAGAAAAACCUCUGAAUGUUCUGGUGAGAGAAGAAGAAACAAUGGCUAAUGAAUUGUGUGAUAACAACAUUGAAUGUAAAUCACAGGCUGAAGGCAUUGAUUUUACUGAUGAGAUACCAACAGAGGCAGAUAAACCAUCAUACUGCUGUGAUAUCUGUAAAAAGUCAUUUUCUCAAAAUAAUAACCUUGCUCAACAUAAAUGCACUCAUACAAAUGUGAAAGUAUAUCACUGUGAUAUAUGUGGUAAAUCAUUCUCUCGAUGUGUUCGCUUAACUGAACACAAAAGCAUUCAUACUGGAGAAAAGCCAUUUUGCUGCAACAUCUGUGGAUACUCAUUCUCCAAGUUAGACAGUUUAGCUAAACACAAACGCACUCAUACAGGAGAGGAACCAUAUCACUGUGAAAUCUGUGGUAAAUCAUUCUCUGGGAAAUGGAAUUUAACUACACACAUUCGAAUUCAUACAGGAGAGAAACCGUAUCAUUGUCUUGUUUGUGAGAAAUCAUUCUCUAGUGGAAGUAACUUAACUAGACACCAAUAUAUUCAUACAGGAGAUGAAACACAUACCUGUGAUAUUUGUGGUAAGUCAUUCACUCAGGAAAAUAAAUUAGCUAGACACAAAUACAUUCAUACAGCAGAAAAAUUGUAUGACUGUGGGAUAUCGUUAUCAACUAGGAGUGCCUUAACUGCUCACAAAAACAUUCAUACUGGAGAAAGACCAUAUUGCUGUGAUAUUUGUGAUAAAUCAUUUUCUUCAAGUAGUAAUUUAAACAAACACAAACGUGUUCAUACAGGAGAAAAACCAUAUCACUGUGAUGUCUGUGGUAAAUCAUUUUCUCAAAGUAGUAGUUUAACACAACAUAAACGUCGUCAUACAGGAGAAAAAUCAUAUCACUGUGAUAUCUGUGGUAAAUCAUUCUUUAAGUUAGAUAGCUUAACUAUACACAAACGCAUUCACACUGGAGAAAAACCAUAUCACUGUCAUAUUUGUGGUAAAUCUUUCUCUACUAGAAGUAACUUAACCACACACAAAUAUAUUCAUACAGGAGAAAAACCAUAUCAGUGUCAUUUUUGUGGCAAAUCAUUCUCUGAUGGAAGCACUUUAACUAGACACAAAUAUAUUCAUACAGGAGAGAAACCAUAUCAGUGUGAUGCCUGUGAUAAAUCAUUCUCUCUGAAAAUUAGCUUAGCUAGACACAAAUACAUUCAUACAGGGGAAAGACCUUUUCACUGUGACAUCUGUGGAAUGUCGUUCCUUGAUGGAAGCACUUUAACUGGUCAUAAACGUAUUCACACAGGAGAGAAGCCAUAUCACUGUGAUAUCUGUGGUAAAUCAUUCUCUAGAAGUAGUCAUGUGACUUCACACAAACGCAUUCAUACAGGAGAGAAACCCUAUCACUGUGAUGUCUGUAGUAAAUCAUUUUCUCAUAGCGGUUCCUUAACUUCACACAAACGCAUUCAUUCAGGAGAGAAACUAUAUCACUGUGAUGUUUGUGGAAAAUCAUUCUCUGGGAGUAGUGACCUGGCGAGACACAAACGUAUUCAUACAGGUGAGAAGCCACAUCACUGUGAUAUUUGUGGCAAAUCAUUCUCUCAGAAAUGUACCUUAACUUCACAUAUAUCUAUCCAUACAGAAGUCUAAAUACAUCAUUGUCAAAAUGCACUGCAACAUAUGAAACAUGUUCUAAGAUCAAUUUCCAUGCUAAAACAUUGGUUAGUCUUAUGAACAUAACAAUAAUCUAUGAACUCAUGGCAAAAAUCAUACUCAUCAGGGUUCUGUUUUUGAAGCAUUGUUAUACAGCCAAAUGCAUUUCUUGAUACCAACUGUUUAGUAACUUCUUCAGUGGGAUAUUGAGUCCAUCAGGAUACAUGCUUGUCAAAAUUCAUUUUAUGCAAGAAAUAACUUGUAGGACCAUUUUAUUCAGACAGGGGGACAACGAAUACCUAUUACUUUACUUAUCAUUACUCUUUUACUUGUUUCAAUCAUUUGACUGUGGCCAUGCUGGAGCACCAAUAUUUUAAAUAACAGUAUACUAAUAUAUAUUCUAUAUAACAUUUCCAGGAUAAAGAAAAGACACAGUUGAUAUAUUCAGUACUGUGGGUAAAUGGCAAAGAAAUGUAUCCGGAGAUAUCAGUAAUACGAUCAGUGUACAAUCAUUUAUAAACACAGAAACUACAAGACAAAAUAUCUUAUCAUAGCUUAUAUGAUACGUGUGUGUAUAUAUGUUUGUAUGUAAUAUAGAAAUGUAACCACAUGUGAACUGUUGGCGAUUUUUCUUCUUUGGAUUUCUUCCUUUCUUCUUUCUGAUGAAGAGCCAUGCUUGAAACCUUAAAAACUCUCCUUUCACUGAGCAUUAAACUAAUAUAAUUCUUGUGCA